AUGCGCCCCGCCCUCCACCACCUCCUCCUCCCCCGGCGGCCACUCCUCCACCACCACCACCUGCAGAGACGAGGCUUCCUCGGCCUCUCCCGCGCCCUGCCCAAGCCGCCCCCGCCAGGCAUCAGCACAAUCGAGAAACUCGUCGGCACGCUCAACACGCGCGAGGGCCGCCCCCCGCCCGCCGAGACGCUGGUCGCGGCGUUCCGCGACGUGGUGCGCACGGCGCGGGUGAUUACCGAUGAGCAUGCGCAUGGGUUGGCGCGCACGUAUCAGUACCUGGGUGGCGGGGUGCCGGCGGAGGAUGUGAGGGCUGCUGUGAGGGCGCUGUGGAAGAGUAGUCGUGGUGGUGGUGGUGGUGGGGUUGCGGGUGAGGGGAGUGGGGAAGGGGGGAGUCCGCAUGUGGCGGGGCUGGCGAGAAUGCUGUUUGCGGGGCUGGCGGAGCAUACGGGCGAGGACGUGGAGGUGUUUGUGGGCGUGCUGGCGGGGAGCGGGAGUGCGCGGGAGGCGGCGGAGGUGGUGCGCAAGUAUGUGGGUGAGGAGGGCGAGGGGGGGGUGCUGCGGGAGGCGGAGGCGCUGCGGUGCUGGGAGGCGGUGAUGCGCGGGCUGGAGGCGGAGGGGGACGAGAGGGUGCUGGUGGAGAUGUGGGAGAAUGUGAGGGAGAGCCAUGCGGCAGUCACGGCGGGGAUGAUGGGGCCUGUGGUGCGGUUCUACUGCAGGGGCGGCGAGGUGCGGAGGGCGCGGAUGUGGUACGAGAGGCUGGUGGGCGGGGAGGGGCUGGUGCCAGAGCUGGAGACGCAUGUCGAGGUGCUGCGGCUGUGCGCGGAGAAGGGCGAGACGGAGUGGGCGCAGGAGGUCUUUGCCGCGGUCUUGAACGGCGGUGGCGGGGGCGGGGGCGGGGGCGGGGCGGGCGUGUCGAGAGAGGCCUGGGAUGUUGUGCUGCAGUGGGCAGAUGUCAUCACAGGGGACAGCAACGAGAUCUCCCGCCUGCUGACACUCAUGAAGGAGCGCGCAGCCACCACAGGCAUCCACCCAACCAUCGAGACCUUCAACGAGCUGAUCCGCUUCGCAAUCUCGCGGGGGGACUACAGGUCCGCCCGCAAGCACCACAAGCUCGCCAUCCACCGCAGGUUCGCCCCGAACCGCCGCACCCUCGAGCUGCAGAUCGAGUACCUGGUCCUCGCGGGAAAGACCAAGCUCGCACCGCCCAUCUACGAGCAGCUGCGCGCCGAGGAGCUGCCCCCGUCAUACCCAGCCCACUCUGUGCAGCUGCUGCUGCAGGCCCUCUGCCGCGAGCCCUCCUCGCCCGAAAACACAGAGCUGAUCACGCGCAUCCACACGGACCUCGGCGAAUGGAACAGCCCGCUGCAGACCGCCACCACCACCGCGCUCCUCUCCCGCUUCCUGCAGUCCUGCCAGUUCAGCGCCGUCAUCGCCCUCCUCAACGACCCCUCGUGCACGGCGCUCACCGCGGCCGACCGCAGAAGGAUCAUCCACGAGAUGGGCGAGCACAUUGGCCGCCCCACAACGUCGCUCGAGGCCGCGUGGGACACGUACCAGAUCCUCUACCAGGUGUUCCCGGAGCUGUCGGUGCGCCAGCGCACAGACAUCAUGCGCCUCUUCUUCACGCUCGGCCGCAGCGACAUGGCCACAAUGGUGUUCAAGCACAUGCGCGGCACGCCCGGGCGCCGCCCGGGCCCGCACAGCUAUGUCGUUGCGCUGGCCGGCGUGGCGUACUCGCGCGACAUUGACGCGCUCAAGGUUGUGCACAACGCGCUGAAGCUGGACCAGGCCGUGGAGAUGGACACAAGGCUGGCGAACGCGCUCAUGGAUGCGUAUAACCGCUGCGGGGUGCCGCUGCGCGCCGUGCAGUUCUGGGAGGACGUCAAGCAGAGCCGCGAGGGGCCCGACUACCAGAGCAUCAGUGUUGUGUUUGAGGCGUACGGGAACAUGUUUGGGGGUGUGCAGCGGGCGAAGAUACUGUGGGGCCAGCUGAGGUCGAUGGGCGUGCGGCCGACGGUGGGGAAUUAUAGGGCGUAUAUUGAGGCGCUGGGGAAGGGGGGGAAGUUUGAGGAGGCGUUUGGGCUGGCGAGGGGGAUGGAGAUGAGGGAUGGGGUGAGGCCGGAUGUGAAGCUGCUUGGGACGGUGUAUGCGUUGACCAAAUCACAAGACGUGAGGGACAAGGUUGCAGAGUGGGCCGGCGAGUCGUAUCCCGCAGAGUGGAAGGAGAUCGAGGCGCGGGUGGAGCAGCUGCCGAGGGACAUCAUGGCGCACGAGGCGCUGGAAGCGUUGGGCGGUAGCCGGCUGCAGAACUUGCUGCAGGGAAGCCAGACGUCCAUGCUGGCGAUCGAGGAAGGGGAGAAGGGGAUUGAGGAGUUCAACCCUCCCCCCCGGUUAGGGAGCCGUGGGAGGAAUAGGUACGGAACCUCCCCCCUUACUUUUCAAAAAGGUGAGUCUAUAGUGGUUAUUACGGCGCGCGAGGUUAUAGACGGCGUCACGUUUGAAUAUUUGACGUAA